AUGGCUGAAUCAGAAAAACCAACUGAUAAUAAAAACGAACAAAUACAGGAUGAUAAAAAAAAACAAAAAGAUGAUGACGAUAAUGAUGAUGAUGAAGAAAAUGCAGUUUCAAAGUUACGACAUUUAAUGAAUAAAUUUUCGGGUUUAAUGGGCUCUCUAACUUCAGAUGAAUCAGUUGAAGAACCUAUUUUGAAAUCAUUUGAUUUAAAAGGUGCAGCUGAAUAUAUGAGUAAAUGUUCAAAUAUUAUUAUAAUGGCUGGUGCUGGAAUAUCAACAAGUGCUGGUAUACCAGAUUUUCGUUCGCCAGGAACUGGACUUUAUUCACAAUUAGAAAAAUAUAACUUACCAUUUCCAGAAGCUGUGUUUCAUUUGGAAUUUUUUCGAGUUUGUAAAAAUAUACAAAAUGUUUCAAAAGUCACUAUAGCAAAAAAAAGCUAUUUGAAUAUCUCAUUAUGGUUCUAUCAGAUGAACUGUUUUUUUUUGUAUUGAUGAUAGAGGAUAAUUCAAAGUUCUUAAAUAUUUCUACAAAAUAGUACAUCUGCAUUCAAUAUAUAAUAAACUUCUUUUUCGAAUUUCAAAAAAAUAGUAAAUAUUGAAGAAAAACCCUAAAUAAUUUUUUUUCGAAAGUUAGAAAAGAAGUUUAUUGUGUAUUGAUCUCAAAUGUGCUUCUUUGUAGGAUUAUUAACCCUUUACCCCCCAUAGCGGUUCCAGAAGAGCCACCGAUGAAAUAACUUUAUGAAUAGAGUAUUAGCCUGUCAAAUAUGCCAAUGGUGUGGCCUAAUCCACAGAAUGUCCUGUUCCUGGAGUAGGGCGGUUUGACUGAUGUAAAAAUCAUGUGGUGGAAAAUGGGAAUUGAGCAAUAUCAUAAGAGUUGAUUCUUUUUCUUUGACCACAUUAUUGACUGGACAGAAGCAGCAUCUAUCUCAUACUGUUGAACUGAUAGGAGAAAUGCAACGAGUAAAGCAAUAAAAUUAACAUCAACGAAUACAUGCUUUUUUUACACCUAUUGUCAAAUUUAAGCCUAUUUCACUCUGAGCCAUUUUGUCACGUGUGAAGGAAU